GAGCUGAGAGAGUAAUGAGUCACUCAUCAGUCUCAACAAGGACGCAAAGCAUCACUGUGGAGUUUAAAAAGUUUUCCUGAGGACGCUUCUCCCUGGUUUCAAUUGUCGGACAUGCCACCUCAAAUGGAUUACUUUUACCACGAGUCAAGAGUUCCGUCCGUGUGCUUGGAGCAGGACGAGGCGCUGCUGGAGCCCGCGAUCAGCUGUAUGCUGGUUGGGGAUGCUGUGGGGAAGACCAGUAUGAUUGUCAGCUACACCACUAAUGGAUACCCCACAGAUUAUAAACAGACUGCUUUUGACGUCUUCUCAGGGCAGGUUCAGGUGGACGGCACUCCUGUGCGGAUUCAGCUGAUGGAUACUGCUGGACAGGAAGAAUUUGAUGAAUUCAGAUCUCUGUCUUACGCACACACGGAUGUCUUCCUCCUUUGCUUCAGCGUGGUGAACCCAACAUCAUUCCAGAACAUAACUAAGAAGUGGAUCCCUGAGAUUCGCGAGUGCAACCCAUCCUCCCCCAUCAUUUUAGUGGGAACUCAGUCAGACCUUGUGCUGGACGUCAACGUCCUCAUAGACUUGGACAGAUACAAGGUCAAACCUGUCUGCAGUUCACGGGCACGCAGCCUCUCAGAGAAGAUUAGAGCUGCGGAGUAUGUGGAGUGCUCGGCUCUAACUCAGAAAAACCUAAAGGAGGCCUUCGACGCGGCAAUAUUCGCGGCUAUUAAACACAAAGCCAGGAAGGCCAAAAAACGACGACUCUCAGACAGACGAACCAAAGCUUUUUCCAAAUGCAGCUGGAAAAAAUUCUUCUGCUUCAUCUGAAGCCACUGAGUGUACCAAAAAGUGUGGAGUGUUUACAUGAACUUUUAAUUUAUUUUGGCCAAUGUGUUUACCUACGCCCGAUUAGCUUUAUUUUAUGGGCGGAGUUGUUUGAUCUGUAAGAAACGUCCCAGGAACUGUCAUUAGAGAGCUUUAAAGAACAUAUGAAAUGCACAGCUAUUAGAAGUGAGAUUUAAAGACCUGUAACGAAGAAAGAAAGCCAUUUGUUGCUCACAAAGAGCGCCCGCCAUAUGUAAAUGGCUGAAUUUGCAUGAGCUGCCUAUUCAAAGCUUGAAUGGUGCUCACGUGGAGAUGAAGGGGCGAGAGCAGUAUCUGUCUUAUCUCCUUUGUGUCGGCCCCCUACUUAGACAGACUCUUUCAUAUGCAACAGUUCAAUCUAAAGCCAAAGUGUGAGUUGUCUCCUCCCUUGUGACCAUAUAAACCCAAGAUCACGCUUACAAUAACUCAGCCUGAUAAAUCUUAGCUGGGAUUGAUUUGCAAAUGGCCAAGAUGACAUUAUUAGGUUUCUUUACAUCCGGGGGAAAUUCGUCAGGGUUGUUCCUGAUUUCCUAUAAGACUGGUUUAGCGUCUUCUCUUGUGCAAAUGUAUUGUGGGAACGUACACACAGAUGAAAGUAUAGCAGCCCUGCCCAUUUUGUGAAGCCGUUAGCUUGGUUUUUAUUUUUCACUGACGGCUGUAUUGCUGUCGGUUAUGAUUAUGCUUCUUGUGGAAGACAUCUUGUUUUUAAAACGCUGUUUGUUUAUAACAGUCGUGUUUUAACAGUUUUACCUGUUCUGUUUUGAUGCCUCAGGCAAGAAGGAUGUACCGCUUGAUCAUUUUAUCUGUUGUUUUGCCUUUUGAUCAAAUUCAAGCAGCACUUUUAAACAGCUUCUCCUUCAGUCUCUCAUCUGAGAAUACAUGUAAAGGGCAAAAUACAUUUCCAAUGCUGUUUUCAUAACACUACUAGUUCUCUGUUUUCCUUCUUUAUCCUUCAUUAAGUGUUACAUGUGAACGUUCUUUAUUUACACAGUCUUAUAAUAUUCUUCUUUAAUAUUAAAUAAAUGAACAACAUGUUGAAAAUUUA